UCUACUUCCGGUGUAGCGCUCGGGUUUUAUCCAAUGAACCAUAGUGGUAUUCUCUAUGAGAAGUUCCCGGAUGACUUUAUCUGGAGCGCAGCCACCGCUGCCUACCAAGUAGAGGGGGCCUGGAAUGAAGAUGGAAGAGGACCCAGCAUUUGGGACACAUUUUCUCACCUACCUGGUCGUACUUUAAAUGGAGACACCGGUGAUAUAACCUGCGAUAGUUACCACAACUAUCUCAGAGACGUAGAAAUGCUCAAGGAACUUGGGGUCUCUCAUUAUCGGUUUUCAAUAUCUUGGUCCCGGAUAUUUCCACUGGGAACAGACGAGAUGUUCAAUCCAAGAGGAGCAGCAUACUACCAUCGUCUAAUAGACGCCUUAAAGGCUUCAGGGAUAAAACCCAUGGUGACCCUUUACCAUUGGGAUCUACCACAGGCCCUGGAAAAUGAAGGAGGCUGGCUCAAUAAAACUACUGUUGACCACUUCGUUAAAUAUGCGAAUUAUUGUUUUAAUGAAUAUGGAAGCAAGGUAAAACACUGGAUAACAUUUAACGAACCUUGGGUAGUGGCAUGGCUCGGGUAUGGCGGAGGUAACAUGGCACCUGGUUUGAACGAACCAGCUGAGAAACCUUAUAUAGCAGCUCAUAACAUUAUUCGUGCACACGGCCACACUUACCAGAUAUAUAAAAAAGAUUACAAGAGAAGUCAAAAGGGCCAGGUUGGUAUUACCCUCAACAUCGGUUGGGCUCAGCCUAAAAACACAUCGGAUCCCACUCAUAGGGCUGCUUCUGAUCGAGCUGUCCAGUUUGAAUUAGGAUGGUUUGCACACCCGAUUUUGUUGAAUGGCGAUUACCCUCAAGUAAUGAAAGAUCAAAUUGGAAACAAAAGUCAGGCACAGGGAUACUCACAUUCAAGGCUACCUACAUUUACGAAGGAAGAUAAAGCUGCCAUUACUGGUUCUGCAGAUUUCUUGGGAAUGAAUCAUUACACAACUAGUUUGGUAUCCCCCAUUAAAAUUCCACCGGAAGUAAAGAGUUAUGAUGCUGAUAAAGAUGUGCGAUCGGAAGCGGAUCCAUCAUGGGCACGAUCUGGUUCUGAAUGGUUAAAAGUAGUCCCUUAUGGAAUGAGGAUGAUACUAAACUGGAUAAAGAAGCAGUACCCCAAGACACCCGUCAUAAUCACAGAGAACGGCGUGUCCGAUAAUAACGGUUCUUUAGUGGAUACGUGGAGGAUAAAUUAUUACCGGUUAUACAUCAACGAGGUAUUAAAAGCUAUACAUCUUGAUGGAUGCAACGUCAAGGGCUACACAGCCUGGUCACUUAUGGACAAUUUUGAAUGGCCAAGAGGAUUUAGUGAAAAAUUUGGUCUUUAUAAUGUCAAUUUUACUGAUCCAAAACGAACCAGAACGCCGAAAGCUUCUGCACGAUUUUACAAACAACUUAUCCAGGAGAACGGAUUCCAGCCAGGUUACACCGGUAAAGGGGGACGUGGUAUCGCUCCUGCACACGAGAACGGGAUUUUUUAUGACACGGUUCCGGAAGAUUUUGCAUGGAUCACGGCAACAGCUGCUUAUCAGGUUGAGGGAGCAUGGGAUGAAGAUGGGCGAGGGCUAAGUAUUUGGGAUGUAGCAGCCCACCAGAAAGAUUAUAUCUAUAAUAAUGACAAUGGUGAUAUAGCUUGUGACAGUUACCAUAGAUACAAAGAGGAUGUCCGUCUUCUAAAGGAACUGGGAGUCUCACACUACCGGUUCUCCAUUUCUUGGCCAAGAGUAUUUCCCAACGGCACGAAAGAAAGUAAAAAUCCACUGGGCGUGAAGUAUUAUCACAACCUGAUAGACGAACUGCAAAAAGCUGGUAUAGAACCAAUGAUCACACUCUAUCACUGGGAUCUUCCCCAGGCCCUGGAAGAAAAAGAGGGAGGAUGGAUGAACGAAUCUAUCGUGAACCGCUUCCGAGACUACGCUGACUUUUGCUUCAGUGAAUAUGGAAACAAGACCAAACUAUGGAUUACAUUCAAUGAACCAUGGAUCGUCUCCUACCUUGGUUACGGUGUCGGAACAUUUCCACCAGGAAAAAAGGGUCCAGGAAGUAACACGUAUAUAACAGCACAUAACAUUAUACAGGCCCACGCCGAAGCCUACCAUGUGUACAACACCAAAUACAGACCAAGUCAAAAAGGAAAAGUUGGGAUCACGCUGAAUGUUGGGUGGGCAGAGCCUGAAGAUCCGUACAACCCAGAUCAUCUUGAAGCAUCUGAAAGAGACAUCCAGUUUAACUUUGGAUGGUUUGCUCAUCCAAUUUUGGUGAACGGGAAUUAUCCACAAGUCAUGAUUGAUAGAAUAGCAAACAAUAGUGAUGGUACAAGCAGAUUACCUGAAUUUGAAGAGCCAGCGAAAAUAAAUGGUACGGCAGAUUUUCUGGGACUGAACUUUUAUACAUCAAGUCUGGUGCGACCUGACGAAUCCAGAACAGAUCGUAGUUUCGAAGACGACAAAGGAACCUCGUCAAAAGAAGAUCCUUCUUGGAUCGGAUCUGGAUCGGACUGGCUAAAGGUAACGCCGUUUGGUCUCCGAAAAAUGUUGAACUGGAUUAAGACUCACUAUAACAAUUUCCCUGUCUAUAUAACCGAAAAUGGUGUGUCGGAUAACAACGGAUCUUUAGCGGAUCUUCACCGAAUUCAUUACUACAGAACCUAUAUAAAUGAAAUGCUGAAAGCUAUGAAAUUAGACAAAUGCAAUGUAAAAGGAUAUACGGCCUGGUCGUUAAUGGAUAACUUUGAAUGGCGGAGAGGAUAUGCUGAACGUUUCGGGCUUCAUUACGUUAAUUUUUCUGACCCAAACAAAACAAGAACUCCUAAAGCAUCUGCAAGAUUUUACAAAGAGCUCGUGCGUGAGAAAGGUUAUAAACCUGGAUACACAAGUGUUGGAGGACGGGGAACAGCACCAGCUCUAGAGAGUGAGUUUUAUUACGACACGUUUCCCGAAGGAUUUGUUUGGAGUGCAGCCACUGCAGCAUACCAAGUAGAGGGUGGAUGGAACGAGGGAGGACGAGGGCCAAGUGUAUGGGAUACGUGGGUUCAUGAAUACAAACAUGUGGAGAAAAAUGACACUGGUGACGUAGCUUGUGACAGUUACCACAAAUACAAAGAGGAUGUACAGCUACUAAGAAACCUUGGGGUUUCCCACUACCGUUUUUCCAUCUCUUGGCCACGGAUAUUUCCUGAUGGUACAAAGGAGAGUCUCAAUCAAGAAGGGAUCAACUACUAUAACAAUCUGAUCAACGAACUUAUCAAAUAUAACAUUACACCCAUGGUAACCUUAUUCCACUGGGAUCUACCCCAGGCAUUGGAAGACGAUGGAGGUUGGCUGAACGAAAGCACCGUCUAUCACUUUAGAGAUUACGCAGAAGUAUGUUUUAGGGAGUUUGGCGACAGGGUAAGAUUAUGGAUUUCCUUUAAUGAACCUGGAUUAACUGCUUGGACUUGUUAUGGAAAUGGUGGAAUGGCACCGGGCCGAAGUGGCCACCCGGGCACAUACCCAUACAUAGUGACACGAAACAUCAUUCUAGCCCACGCUGAAGGAUAUCAUGUACUCAAAGACAAAUUCGCCCACCAGAAUGGUCAAUAUGGAAUCACGUACAGCAUAGGAUGGGCGGAACCUUUGGAUCCUUUUAACCCUGAUGACAUUGAAGCCUCGGAGAGAAGGCUUCAGUUCGAUGCUGGAUGGUUUCUUAAUCCAAUAUACGUGAAUGGCAACUACCCUGACAUAAUGGUACAGAAGGUAGCAGAGAAGAGCAGAGCUCAGAACCUCUCAGAGUCACGUCUACCUAGGUUCUCAGAGGAGGAAAAACAGAGGAUCAAUCAAACGGCAGAUUUCUUUGGUCUUAACCACUAUUCUUCAUCUUAUACCUUUCCCCAAAAGAACGAUAUUAGCGACAUUUCUUAUUGGGCGGAUCAAGAUAUUGGAAGUAAGAACGACCCAAAGUGGCUAGGUUCUGGGUCUUCAUGGCUUUUUGUAACUCCAUUUGGUCUCAGGAAGGUAUUAAACUGGGUCAAAAAUACAUAUAAUAAUAUUCCUGUAUACAUCACGGAAAAUGGAGUCUCUGAUAGAAACGGGUCACUAGAAGAUUACAACCGUGUAUAUUUCUAUAGAAACUACAUAAACGAGAUGCUGAAAGCUAUAAGACUGGACGGCUGCAACGUCAAGGGAUAUACAGCAUGGUCAUUUAUGGACAACUUUGAAUGGAACACGGGUUAUGCUGAAAAGUUUGGUAUGCAUUAUGUGAAUUUUAGCGAUCCAUCUCGACCACGAACACCUAAGCUGUCUGCUGUAUUCUACAACAACUUAAUCAAUGACAAUGGGUUUUUGGAGGAUGCAGCCACCUCGCCUACAAAAGGAAAAGAAUUAGGAGUGUAUAGAGAACUACCUUACGCAAACACGUUCUACAAUGGAAAAUUCCCUGAUGGAUUCAAAUGGGGAGCAUCUACUUCCGCAUAUCAAGUAGAGGGGGCUUGGAACAAAGAUGGAAAAGGAAUUAGCAAUAUCGAUAAUUUUGUUCACAGUGACUUUGAUUCUACUCUUGGAGACAUUGCAUGUGACAGUUAUCAUAACUUUAACGAUGAUGUGAGGAUUCUUAAAGAAACAAAUGUUACCCAUUUUCGCUUCUCUAUAUCCUGGAGCCGAAUACUGCCCAGGGGUAAUGCAAGUGAGAUAAACCUUCUCGGAGUUCAAUAUUACCGAAACCUUACUGACGCCCUUAUUGAUGCUGGUAUUACCCCUGUAGUUACAAUGCAUUACUUUGACAUGCCAGAGAUUUUGUACAAUCAAGGUGGCUGGAAAAAUUCAACGAUGACACAGCUGUUUGUGGAUUAUGCUAGAGUUCUUUUUACAGAAUUUGGAUAUCGGGUGAAGUACUGGAUAACAAUAAAUGACCCUUAUACAGUGUCUGUUGGUUUGCCCGGUGAAGAUACGUAUUAUAGAGAUCCAUAUAUUAUUGGACAUAACUUAAUUAAAGCACACGCUCUUGUAUACAAGCUCUACCAGAGUGAAUUCAAGGACACACAGAAAGGUUUUGUUGGAAUUUCACUGAGUGCCGAUUGGUUUGAACCGAAUACCCCAACUGAUCCUGCAGAUAUUGAUUCUAACAGAAGAGAAAUGGAACAUUCUCUCGGUUGGUUUGCCAACCCCAUAUUUAUCGACGGUGAUUAUUCGACUCUUCAUAAAGCAAUGUUGCAUAAGAAACAACGAUCUUUGCCAACGUUUACAGAUUAUGAAACAACCUGGAUAAAAGGUUCAUCAGACUUUCUGGGUUUGAAUUUUCGAUCUACGUUAAAAGUAAAAAAUAGAGAGAACAAUGAAGAAGGAUUCAAAUUUGAAACGGAUACGGAGAUCAGCUUCAAUUCCUCGUGGAUUAAAAGCAGCAAAGACGCCAUAAGAUUUGCACCUUUUGGGUUGAGGAAGGUAUUAAACUGGAUAAAGGACAACUACCAAAAUGCACCUGUAUAUAUAACAGAGGUCGGAUUUCCUGAUGAUACAGGAACUCUGCAGGACAAUAUAAGGACCAAGUUCUAUAAAGAAUAUAUUGAUGAAGUUCUGAAAGCAAUAAGAUUGGACGAUUGCAACGUAACUGGGUUCAGCGUUAAAAGUUUAAUGGAUGAUGUAGACUACACAGGAAACAUCAAGCACAAAUAUGGAAUAUAUCACGUGGACUUCAACGACCCUGCCAGACCACGCACUAGAAAGUCUUCAGCGAGGUUUUACACAGAGGUCAUCAAAGACAACGGCUUCAAGAAGGGGAAACCACACACCGUACCGCCAGAGUCUGAAGAAUUUAAUCCGAAUUAUCCCUACAGACCCUUGCCACAGGAGCACGAAAUGUACCAUGGUUCCUUCCCAAAUGGAUUUGCCUGGAGUACAGCCACAGCUGCAUACCAGGUAGAAGGAGGAUGGAACGCAGAUGGGAAGGGACUCAGCAUAUGGGAUGUUUUUACUCAACAACCUGGUCAUAUUGAUAAUAAUGACACGGGGAAUGUUGCCUGUGACAGUUAUCAUAAAUACAAAGAAGAUGUCCAACUUCUAAAAAAUAUAAAGGUAACACACUAUAGAUUCUCAAUAUCGUGGUCACGAGUACUACCAGUAGGAACCCUACAGGUGAUCAACCAGCCUGGCGUAGAUUACUACAAUAACCUGAUAGACGCCCUUUUGGAGGCUGACGUUGUGCCAAUGGUAACGUUAUAUCACUGGGAUCUUCCAGAGGCAUUUAAUAGCAGUGGAGGCUGGCAGAAUGAAAGUAUUGCUGACCAUUUUGCCAACUAUGCUAAAUUUUGUUUCCAGAAAUAUGGCGACAGGGUUAAGUUUUGGAUUACUUUAAAUGAACCUUUCGUUGUCUCCAACCAAGGAUACGAGUUAGGUGUCAUGGCGCCAGGUCUAAAAGGAAAAGGAGACCGUACCUAUAUCGUCAGCCAUAACCUUAUCAAGGCUCAUGCAAAAGCCUACCGUGUUUAUGAGAAUGAAUUCAAAACUAAGCAAAAAGGUCAAGUUGGCAUUACACUCAAUACGGAUUGGCAGGUCCCGAAGAAUUCAGAGAGCCUAGCGGAUUUGGAGGCAUCAGAGCGAGCCAUUAAUUUUAUGCUUGGGUGGUUUUUAAAUCCAGUGAUGAGGGGAGAUUACCCAAAGGUGAUAAAGGAUCAGGUGGAUAGAAAAAGUCGAGAACAGGGUCUACCUAUCAGCAGAUUACCGAAAUUUACAGAAUCUGAAAAAAAUUAUGUCAAAGGUUCUUAUGAUUUUCUUGGAAUGAAUUUUUAUACGUCUAAUAUCGUAACCAAUGUCAAAUCGAGCACUCAGAGUUUCAAUGGAGACCAAGACCUGCAGUACACCAAAGAUCCAUCCUGGCGAAAGUCUGGAUCAAGCUGGUUAAGAGUUACUCCUGUUGGAAUUCGGAGAAUGUUGAACUGGAUAAAAUAUACCUACGGUGAUUUUCCUAUCUACAUAACAGAAAAUGGCGUGUCUGAUAAGAAUGGGUCUUUGAAAGACGAAAAUAGAAUAUACUACUACAAAAACUACAUCAAUAACGUUCUAAAAGCAAUACGUCUAGACGGUGUAAACGUUAGAGGGUACACUGCAUGGUCAUUGAUGGAUAACUUUGAGUGGGCGCGUGGAUACUCGGAACGUUUUGGACUUCAUUAUGUCAACUUUAGCGACCCUGCCAGAUCACGCACACCUAAAGCAAGUGCUCAUUUUUACUCAACAAUCAUUGAAAACAACGGUUUCCCUAGCGAAAAUUCAAUGUACUCGUUUCCAUUUACUUCCAAACCUGUGCAUCCUGAAAAUAAUCCGUACAGAAAGCUCUACAAGGAAGACGAGUUCUACUACAAUACCUUCCCUGAGGAUUUUGCGUGGAGCACAGCGACUGCCUCAUACCAAAUAGAAGGGGCAUGGAAUCUAGAUGGGAAAGGACUUGGUAUUUGGGAUGAAUUUAGCCACUCUCCAGGCAAUAUAGUCAACAAUGACACUGGUGAUAUUGCUUGUGAUAGUUAUCAUAAGUUCCACGAGGAUGUCAAACUUCUGAAAAAUAUAAAGGUUACUCAUUACAGAUUUUCGAUUUCUUGGCCCCGGAUAUUACCGAAUGGUACCCUGGAAUCUGUCAAUCGCCUGGGCAUUCAGUACUAUAACAACCUGAUAGACGCCGUGAUUGAUGCUGGAAUCGUUCCUAUGGUUACACUUUAUCAUUGGGAUCUUCCACAAGCAUUAAUGAAAUAUGGCGGCUGGCAGAGCGAACAAACAGCUGAAUACUUCGCAGACUAUGCCAGACUCUGUUUCACACAUUUUGGCGAUAGGGUUAAGUUUUGGAUUACACUAAAUGAACCAUUUGUCGUAUCCAACCAUGGGUAUGAAAUCGGUGUCAUGGCACCCGGCUUGACAGGAAAGGGCGAUCGAAUUUACAAAGCUGGUCAUAAUUUAUUGAAGGGGCAUGCCAAAGCUUACCACAUUUAUCAGAAUGAGUUUAAAAAAUCUCAGGAUGGUAUAAUUGGAAUAACAUUAAACACAGACUGGCAAGUACCGAAAAACCCCAGGGAUGAGAAAGACUUACAAGCAUCAGAUCGUGCCAUUAAUUUUAUGUUUGGUUGGUUUUUAAACUCUGUCAUGAAAGGAGAUUACCCAGGAGUCAUGAAGGACCAAGUAGACAGAAAAAGUCGCGCGCAAGGAUAUAGCCGAAGUAGACUUCCGGAAUUUUCAGCGAAAGAGAAAGCGUUUAUCAAAGGAACAUACGACUUUCUUGGGAUGAAUUUUUACACGUCAAACUUGGUUUCUUCAAUAAGUGACAAAACACAGAGCUACUCGGGAGACCAAGAUCUUAAUGCUACCAAAGAUCCGUCGUGGUUAGGAUCGGGAUCUUCUUGGCUUAAGGUGACACCGACUGGAAUACGCCGAAUGCUUAACUGGGUGAAAUAUACAUACGGAGAUUUCCCGAUAUACAUAACAGAAAAUGGUGUCUCGGACACCAAUGGAACUCUUAAGGAUGACCACAGAAUAUUCUAUUAUAAACAUUAUAUUAACAACGUACUCAAAGCUUUACGAUUGGAUGGCGUUGACAUUCGCGGAUACACAGCGUGGUCAUUAAUGGAUAAUUUUGAGUGGGCGCGUGGAUAUUCAGAACGCUUCGGCCUUCAUUAUGUUAACUUCAGUGAUCCUGCCAGACCACGCACACCAAAAGCAAGUGCGCGAUAUUAUACAUCAAUCAUAGAAAAUAAUGGGUUUAAGCGACAGUAUACCCCUGAAGGCACCACACAUGCCACUGAUACACAACAUACCACCCGCAGUCCAGUAAGCUCUGGGGCUCGGAAGACAGUUUUAUCUUUCUAUAUAUGCUUCUUAAUCAAAGUAAUGUAUACUUUGAUAUCAUGAUUGGAUGUCCCAUAUCAUAUCGAUUUAUGCACAUGUACAUAAUACGUGUAGUCCCACAUGUUUGUUUCCCACUCAAAGAGAAUUUUGCUGAACAACUUUUCCUGUAAAUAUGGUGUGUAUGAUAGUUGUCACAUUGCAUUGUUUUUUUUAUUUGUAAAUGGUUUACUACAUUUUAGUGUAUCAAAACCUAGCCUUGUACAUUUUGUUAAAGAAAAUCAUAAAAUUAUAAAAUAA